AUGCAAUACUAUCAUUUUGUAUUGAUAUUUACAUUCAUCUUUGUCAUAUAUGGUCAAAAUACGCAGUGGUGUCCAAAACUUCCUAUUCAUUUUGUUAUUAAUGCUUUCGGCAAGAAUAAAACAACAUCUGUUACACCACGAUGUUUUACAAUAGGACAAUGUCAUAUGACAAUUAUAACUUCUAAUGAACAUCAUAUUAUUAAUAUAAAACAAAACGAAAGAAAUCAAUUAUUAUUUUCAUCAUUGAAUAAACUCAUAAUAGAUAGUUAUGAAAUCAAUUCAUCUUUAAUAUUUUCAUCAGUAUCAAAUAAUAAAAUAAUAAAUUCAACAGAAAUCUUAACAGAUAAUUGUUAUCAGACAAUUAUUAAACGUCAUACAAAAGAACAAUCUCAAUCGAGUUCAACUGAAUCAAUAGCAAUAACAUUUAAUUCUUCAGCAUUUAUUGAUUAUCAUUAUCAAGAAUUUCUUGAUUAUCCAUUACGAUUAUCUGUACGUUUCCGCACAUUAGGUCGAAUAUCAAAUGGUGUACUUCUUUCCUUAACACAUCGUAAAUCUUCAUUAUUAAUCACUCCGUUUAUUAUAAUUGAACAUUCAAAUGGAAAAGUCGAAAUAACUAUCCUUCAAUUAGAUGAAAGAAAAGUUCUAUCAACUGUCACUACAAUUCAAUGUGGAAAAAAUAUAAAUAAUGAUAAUUGGCAUUGGUUACAAUUUGAAAUAGAUCAAAAUGGAAUAUUUACUGUUGUUGUUGAUAAUGAUAGUCGAACAUCUCAAAUUCCUACUUAUGUUGUAUUAAGUUGGAAUAUAAAUGCAUUAUUAGUUGGUGAUACACGUCGUUUAAGUUCAGAUAUAUUUCAACCAUUUAUUGGUUAUAUGAGUGAUCUGACAUUUCAUGAUGAACAUCUAUUUGAAAGUUUAACAAAACAAAAAGAACAUAAAUUAACAAGAUUUCAAUAUGAUAGUCAACAUAUUAUUAUUGGUUAUCGUGUAGCAUUUUUUAAUUUAGUUACAAUUGAUACACCGAAAUCUUAUAUAGCAUUUUCUGAACGUGAAAAUCAAAAUAAGAAUCAUGGCAGAUUAGAUAUUUAUUUUUUAUUUCGUUCAUAUGUACCUGAUGGAAUUAUUUUAUAUCGUUAUGCACAAGGUUUAAAUGAAUAUUUUGCAAUUGGUUUAAGAGCUGGUAUACUUGCAUUAUUUAUUGAUUUUGGUUUUGGUAAACGACAAAUAGUUAGUGAUGAAUCAACAAAAUUAGCUGAUGGAAAAUGGCAUGAAGUACGUGUAACAAGAAUUGGAACUGAUAAGUACGUAAACUUAAUCUUUUAA